GCCAAUCACAUAUCCAUGCGUUUGAACAAAGGCGGGGACGAUUGUGGCUGGAGCAAUUCCAUUGGAUCCUAAAUAUGUCAAUCUCAACAGCAGGAACUGUACGUAAUCCACAUGUGUGCUGUGUAUCGUGAAUUUGAUUGACUAUUAGUAAACAUAAGACUAUACUUGGUAAACGAAGCGACCCAAAAUGCUUAGUGACAGUGAAGCAAAGGAGCUUCUGUCAUUUCUCACACUAGAAAUGAGACCUGAUGUCAAAGGUCAUGCUACAGAAUACAUACUGGGUCUCACAGGAAACCGGGAUGGGUGUCGGUACCUGCAGUCCAAACCAGACUUCCUCAAAGCCCUGGUGACCCUAACCAGUGACCUUUCCAUUGCUAUUGUCAAAGACUGUUACCAUGCUCUUAUUAACCUAUCAGCAGAUGAAACCCUUCACCAGCCUUUGGUGAAAGAGACAAACAUAUUGCCCACCCUGUUGAAGCAUUUACUGGACCCAGAGUAUGUGUUUGCUGAUCGUAUCUGUACGAUUCUCAGUAAUCUCACCCGACAUGAGAAAACGUGCCGAGAUGUCUUCAAGUCUCUCCAAGAGCAGAAUAUCGGACUUGCAAAACUAGUUGAGAUCUUCUGUCAAGAAGGUUUCAACCAAAAAGCAUCACUUCAUUACCUGGGACCACUGCUGUCCAACCUGACACAGCUGCCUGAGGCAAGACACUUUAUCCUGGACAAGGAGAGGUGUGUGAUUCAGAGACUUCUUCCGUACACGCAGUAUGAGCAAUCGACCACUAGACGAGGUGGAGUGGUGGGAACGCUCAGAAAUUGCUGUUUUGACUACGCUCAUCAUGAAUGGUUGCUCAGUGAUUCAGUGGAUAUUUUGCCGUAUCUUUUAUUACCACUGGCUGGACCCGAGGAGCUCUCAGAGGAAGAGAAUGAAGGUUUGCCAGUGGAUUUGCAGUACUUGCCAGAGGACAAAAAGAGAGAGACGGAUCCUGACAUCCGAAAGAUGCUCUUAGAAACCUUGCUGCUUCUUACAGCUACCAAAGGGUGCCGACAGAUUAUGAAGAACAAGAAUGUUUAUCCCAUCAUGCGAGAGUUUCACAAAUGGGAGAAGGAUCCACAUGUGAUAUCUGCCUGUGAGAAACUAGUCCAGGUUUUGAUUAGCGAUGAGCCGGAGGAAGGAAUGGAGAAUCUGUUGGAAGUGGAGAUUCCCCAAGACGUGAAAGAAAAACUGAAGGAAUUGGAUGCCAAAGAGCAAGAGCAAUUAGAAAAGGACACCCAGGAACUUUUAAAACAAGAAUCUGAGACUCAAAAUGAAUCGAGAGAAGGCCUGCAGAGAUGAACUAAACUUAAUAUACUGCCUCAAAAAAACCUAAAUGUUUCAGAUCAUAAAAGAUGGACACUAUUAUUAUUUUUUUGUUAGUCAUACAUGCCAUUUGAAGCAACAAUUGAUAAAGAAACCUUCAUGUCUACAGAGUUAUGUAGUUACAAUGUAUAUUGAACCAGCAGGGGUUAACUUAACCAAUCGCCAAAUCUUGACCCUUUUAAACAGAUUGACUCUUAAUGUUGUAAGUUCUGAUAAAAUCAACAAUCUAUGUGCAGAUGAAACUUGCAUGAACAUUUUCUAAUGAAAUGAAUUCAUUUAAAGUGCAAGUUACUGUUUCAAUGUGAUUUUAGGUACACUGUAUAUUAAUAUUUCACAUUUGUGAUUCUGGGCCACAAAACCAGUCAUAAGGGUCAUUUUUUUUAAAGUGAGAUUUAUAAAGUACAGUACGAUUUACUUCAUCUGAUACUUGUUGUUCUCAGAGCAACCAUCAAUAUGAAAUGUUCAGAUCUGUCAAAUGUUGUAAUAAUGUUUGCUACCACUGUACAUCAUCUGAAAGUUCAAUAAAUCAGCUUUCCUUUGCUUUA